AGCCAAGGAGGCAGAUUUAUAACUCCAUUUGUAAGGAGUCCAAGGGUGAAUGACAUCCCUCCGCUGCAGUCAGGUGACAUGUUAUUGAUUCAGUGCACACGCUGGCUAAAAUCUUUAUGGUUAUGAAAUACAGACUAAUGAUUUAAUAAGGUGAUGGAGGUUGGUACACAGCAGCUAAAGAGGGAUUGAUUUGUGACUGACUGAGUAGGCUACUGCCCCUAUGCCCCGCUGUGCCAGUGGGAUACAUCAAAUGUGAUUUUAGCAGAUGCUCACCUGGCUGUGCUGUCAUUUAGUUUUUUAAUUAACACACGACUUUCUAUUCGAAUACACUCAGGCUGUAAACCCAGCCCCAUAUCUCUCAUGUUCGAGCUUAUGCUAUUUGUCCGUUAUACAAGGACACAAGUCUAAAGACAAGGCCUCAGGUGAAUAACCCGGAGGAGAGGAGAGCGCUUUAACCCCUGACCAUCUGGAGCAAUCGCAGUAGAAUUGGAACGAUGGCUGGAGGGCGUAUUCCUGACGGCGUCAACGAUCUAUAACAUAUGUUUUGAUGCUGGUACGCGCGCCGCCUCUUCCUCAGUGCACUGACUGAACAACGCGAUAAUAGCCUAAACGGUGUGUGCUUUCGGCUCCAUCGUCUCUGUUGGUUAUCUAUUCAUCCACGGCUCUGAAUCUGGCAGACCUGCACAGGACAUGGCGUUUUGUGUGGAAUUAGGCCUAUCAGUGUCAUCUGUCUGAGAGUCGGGAGAGAGAGAGAAAUAUAGAGAGAAAUAGAGAGAGAGAGAGAGAGAGAGAGGGAGAGAGAGAGAGAGAGAGAGAGAGAGACAGCGCAAAGGAAUCCUUGGCAUACACACACGUCGGUGUCUCGAUGUGAUUUUGAGUGACUGGCUGCAUUCUUGUGGAGACGAGCGGAACGGAUAAACCUAUUUUCAUCGUCUCACCCAUUUGCGCGGAUAGCGGAUGGUGCAUGCCCGUCUGGGUUGAGCAUCUAACAGCGUCUCUUUCUGCUGGAGCUUGGCUGAUCCGAGCUGUCCUUGGUCGGGCGUGGAGGGAGCCGAGAUGAGCGCCUUUCGGAGGGGUAGCUGGGUGUCUCUGUUGGAGUUGUGUUGGGUAUUAAUGGGACUGUGGAGGCUCGGGGCCGCCUGCCCUGCGUCCUGCUCCUGCAGCGGGACCAGGAUCGCCUGUGUGGACCAGGAGCGGGGCAUCAUGGCUUUCCCAGUGCUGCAGUCUGAGCUGGAGAUGGACAACAUCACGGACAUAUAUAUUGCAAAUCAGAGUAGCUUCUCAUCCAUCAAUGACAAAGACCUGCAUUAUUACCGGAACCUCACGAAUCUAACUGUGACUAACAGCAGGCUUACCUAUGUGUCUCGACUGGCUUUCCAGAACAACCUCAAACUUCAGUAUCUGAAUCUGAAAGACAACAACUUGUCAUCUCUGUAUUGGAGGAUAUUUCGACAUUUAAACAUAUCAAAUCUGAUUCUUUCAGGGAACCCGCUGCACUGUUCCUGUGAGAACAUGUGGAUGAAGCUGUGGCUGGGAGAGGAGGCUGAUGCUCAGGAGCUCAAAUGUAUAGAGGAGGGUGGCGGGAGGAAACCUCUCACCAGGCUCAACCCCCCUCACUGUGUGGUUCCCAUGGCGACUCUGAGCCCAUCCAAGGUGACGGUGCAGGAGGGUGCUGAUGUGGUGUUGACAUGCAACACCUCUGGAGCACCCUCUCCUGAGCUCAUCUGGAACAUGAUCCCACUCGUCUCCUACAAUGAGAUUGAGGCCUCAGGGCAGGUGUCUGAGCUCCAUCUCUAUAACCUCUCCUCACUGGACAACAACUGUAAGAUCACCUGCAGCGCUGAGAACAUUGUGGGCGAGAAUGAGUCCUCAGUCUUCCUCGACAUCCUCUUUCCCCCUAACAUCAGUAAGUUGAGUGAUGCCUACUCAGACCACCACUGGUGCAUCCCAUUCAGUAUGUCUGGGAACCCAAAACCUGAUCUCCGCUGGCUGUUAAACGGGGAGCCGGUAAAUGAGGGACCCUACAUCAUGACUAUGAUCCAUGACUUCUCUGAGAGGGAGUUCCACGGCUGCCUGCAGCUGGACAGCCCCACACACAUCAACAACGGACCGUACACCCUGCUGGCCAGCAACAAGUACGGACAAGACCGCAAGACCGUCGAGGCUCACUUCAUGCUUGACCCCUUUGAUGGAGGAACAGUGACAGAACCACUUUACUAUGACCCAACUACAGAGGACACACCUCUAGAGCCACCAGAAGACAGAGUUGCUGUAUAUGUGGUCGUCGGGAUUGCAGCAGUAGCCUUCAUGGGUUUUCUAUUGAUGCUGGUCAUCUUGAAAUUCGGGGGAAACUCAAAGUUUGGAAUCAAAGGUGCGUCAUCGGUGAUCAGUAAUGAUGACGACUCGGCUUCUCCUCUCCACCACGUGUCCAAUGGCAGUAACACUCCGUCCUCCUCUGAGAUGGGCCUAGACGCAGUCAUCAUCGGCAUGACCAAGAUCCCCGUUAUCGAGAACCCUCAGUACUUCCGCAGCAAUAGCAUGCUCAAAUCAGACACCUUUGUCCAGCACAUCAAGAGACACAACAUAGUACUGAAGAGGGAGUUGGGAGAGGGGGCGUUUGGGAAGGUUUUCCUGGCUGAGUGCUAUAACCUGUCUCCUGAGCUCGAAAAGAUCCUGGUAGCCGUCAAGACCCUGAAAGAGGCUAGUGAGAAUGCAAGGAAGGACUUCCACCGAGAGGCCGAGUUGCUGACCAACCUGCAGCACCAGCACAUUGUCACGUUCUACGGUGUGUGUGUGGAGAGCGACCCCCUCAUCAUGGUUUUUGAGUAUAUGAAGCACGGGGACCUCAACAAGUUCCUCAGGGCUCACGGUCCCGACUCCGUGAUGAUGGGCGACGGUCCGACCAAUAGGCCCGUGGUGUUGACCCAGUCCCAGAUGCUGCACAUCGCCCAGCAGAUUGCUGCAGGCAUGGUCUACCUGGCCUCCCAGCACUUUGUCCACCGAGACCUGGCCACACGUAACUGUCUGGUGGGAGAGAACCUGCUGGUGAAGAUCGGUGACUUCGGCAUGUCCCGAGAUGUGUACAGCACGGACUACUACAGGGUAAGUGUGGGGGGUCACACCAUGCUACCCAUCCGCUGGAUGCCUCCAGAGAGCAUCAUGUACAGGAAGUUCACCACGGAGAGUGACGUGUGGAGUCUGGGCGUGGUCCUCUGGGAGAUCUUCACCUACGGCAAACAGCCCUGGUACCAGCUCUCCAACAACGAGGUGAUUGAGUGUAUUACACAGGGGCGUGUCCUGCAGCGGCCUCGCACCUGUCCCAAAGAGGUGUACGACCUGAUGCUGGGGUGCUGGCAGAGGGAACCCCACAUGAGACACCACAUCAAAGAUAUCCACAGCUUACUGCUCAACCUAGCCAAGGCCUCUCCUGUCUACCUGGACAUCCUUGGCUGAGAGAGAGAGAGUGUGUGUGUGUGCGCAUGGUUGAGUGUGUGUUUGAAGCUACGAUCAAACUCUUUAAGGCAAUCAGAAGAUUUCCCAACUAUUCCCUUGUGCCCUACCCUACCCUCCCCCUCCCUCUCUCUCAUACUUUCUUCCUACUUCUACUCUGUCAUGCAUCUCUUUACCCACCAUCUAUUUUCUUCCUACUCAAGAGACAUUAAGAAUGGUUUGCAGUGGGAAGGCUUCUCCCAUUUCUUCAAAGGCAUUUUAACGGCGCCUAAAUGGUCUACUGUAAAUGGCUAAGAGGGCUGUACUAUAGUAUAUACGAGCAGGCAGUGGGAGGUGCCAUUUGGUCCAAUUGGUUUCUGGAAACUCCAUCCUUCUGUAAAUAAAACCCCUGGAGUCCAGAAGAGGUGCCUCCACUGCAGAUGGGUGAUUUUGUCUCUGUACAUACCGGACAUACAGCUACCAGACCCCAGCGAUGUCCUGAAAAGACUUGAGACGCAUUGCACCAUCUGAGGAGACAUAGAAGCAACCAGACUAUUAUUUCCCCUCAUGUCAACAAGGCAUGACAUAAGACAUUUCCCCUCAUGCUGACAAACAACAACAAAUGAAAUGCUAUAACUAAGUGGUAUUCAAAGUCAGGGCAACAAAUGGAGGUUGAGGGGACCAAACAAUUAAGAGCACAGAUUAUUGUAUGGGACAAUAUAAGAUCAUUUGAAAAACAUUUUAUUCAGUAUAUUUAUUUAUUUGUUUCUUUUCAUUUUGGUAAGAUAUGAAAAUGCAAUGAAUUUAAUGUUAAUUGUGAAUGUAAAAAUCCUAUGAUUUUAAGGUUGAGUCAUAAAAUUUUGGGUGGGGCCAUAAGAAAUUCUUGGGGGAAAAAAAUGGGAUCCUCAUAAAUUCUGAUGAAAAAAUGGGGUCCCCACUAAAAAUGUUCUAUCUGAGAAAGAGAGUUUGGGCGGGGUCUGUGUGAGAUGGUCCUUUCAUUGUUAGUGGUGAGGAUCUCCGUUUAGGCGUGGUUGGGUCAACUGUGGUAGAAUCAUGACACACACACACACACACACACACAUAUCUCCACCCCCUACUACAUAAACACUCAAAAGGCUUCUGAAGGAAAUUUAAUUGUGCAUGUUUUAUUAUUUUAGUCCUGGCCACAGUGCUUUAGCCACGCAGCCCCAGCCCUUGUCAGUAAUGGUGUAAUGUAUAUUUCAUUAAGGAGCUCAUGUUGGCCAUUAGCACAGUCUCCCCUCAGACAUGUAAGACAUUGUUUUAUGGGAGGGAAAGGAGAUGAGGAAGUGGGGAGAAGGAGAGAGACAGCGAGAUAGAGAAGAGUGAAGAGGGAGAGCACGAGGCCUGAAUGUCUGCAGGGAAAUAGAAAGAUAACAUCCAUCAUAGUGCGGUCUGGACGGUUUUAGAACCCACAGCUCUUUACUUCACACACCUCGCAUUUCUAUGGGCUCCUCAACCCCCCACACACAGCAUUUUAUUGGUUUGGUCAUAUGCUCAUUGCUAUUUGUUUUGUUCUAUUUAUCAUGUUUGAUAUCUACUGUAUGUUCACCAUGCCCAUUUUGUAUUUCUUGUAAAUUCUUUGGUCUGAAUCGAGGUCUGAAUCAAAUUCAAAGUGAGUGAUUAAAUUGACUAUGCUGACAGUAUUGAGUGUGUAUGUGUGCAUCCAUAAUAGUGCACUACUUUUGACCAGGGCCCGUAUUGGGCUUUGGUCAAAAGUAGUGCACUAUAUAGGGAAUAGGGUGUUAUUUUAGACAUAAACAGCCACAUACAGUCUGAGUCCUUGCACACAGUCACUGUUGAAUUUUCCUGCCUGCCACAUGAUAUACACAGUAGGUCCAAUAAAUAUCAUCCAUUCCACAAAGACAAUGGAUGUCCUUCUGUACCAGAGCAAAUGGAACAAUGCUAUACAGGUAUUCAACAUUGGUCAUACAAUGAUGUUGUGCAUUACAAAGCAGCAUUGUGUGCAUGGGCCUUCGGUGUGGGUGUAGUUGGCAGUGAGAGAACUGCCAGUGUGAGAAAGAGCACUGUGUGAAUACGAAUGUGCCAUCAAACUAAGGGACCACUCUUAAUGCUCUGUGUGGAUUUAUCCUACAUGAACUGGCUAAAGUGGGACAUGGUAAUGGUUGCUAAUGAGGGAAGAAGCUAUCAGAGGACUGCAAUGGAAGACAUUUCUAUGGAACUCUCUUCCAUCACAAUGGACCCAGUCUGAGUCUACUGUACAUCCUAGUCCAGUUACUGUUACUAAUGGAGCCUUCCUAGAAUCCUCUCUGUUGUAGGGUCCACUUACCGAUAUGCUCUAGGCAUCGAUACGCAGUGGUAUCGAUCUCUUUGGUCAGAAAUUGACAUCUCAAAAGGAACUGACAAUCACAACCUUCAACAAGUGACCUGUUGCAUAGUUACAAACCUCAUCUAGUUACAAAUCUCCUUUAGUUACAACCUCAUCCAUGCUGUGUAAAUGAUAGUCCUAAACAUUGGUCUUUAGCUGUGAUAUACCGUCUUACUUUUCUUAAAUACAAGAGGACAAUGAACAAAACUGUAUAAAUGUUAAAACCCCCUCAGACUGUCACUCUUCAGAUUGGAAUCUUAUUUGUCUGACAAGGACAAGAGAGAUGGACAGUUGCCAUUGGCCACAUAACAAUGUCUUCUGUUUCAUGGAUAUACAGUAUUUUGCUUGCAAACAAACCUAUACAGCCCCAUAUAUCCAUAUACAACCCUUUACAUCCCUAUCCAACCCUAUACAUUCCUAUCUAAUCCCACACAUCCCUAUCCAACCCCACACAUCCCUAUCCAACCCCACACAUCCCUAUCCAACCCUAUACAUUCCUAUUCAACCCCACACAUCCCUAUCCAACCCCACACAUCCCUAUCCAACCCCACACAUCCCUAUCCAACCCUAUACAUUCCUAUUCAACCCCACACAUCCCUAUCCAACCCCACACAUCCCUAUCCAACCCCACACAUCCCUAUCCAACCCCACACAUCCCUAUCCAACCCCACACAUCCCUAUCCAACCCUAUACAUUCCUAUCCAACCCCACACAUCCCUAUCCAACCCCACACAUCCCUAUCCAACCCUAUACAUUCCUAUCCAACCCCACACAUCCCUAUCCAACCCCACACAUCCCUAUCCAACCCCAUACAUCCCUAUUACAACCCCAUUACAUCCCUAUCCAACCCCAUUACAUUCCUAUCCAACCCCAUACAUCCCUAUCCAACCCCAUACAUCCCUAUCCAACCCCAUACAUCCCUAUUACAACCCCAUACAUCCCUAUCCAACCCCAUACAUCCCUAUCCAACCCCAUACAUCCCUAUUACAACCCCAUUACAUCCCUAUCCAACCCCAUACAUCCCUAUCCAACCCCAUACAUCCCUAUACAACCCCAUACAACCCUAUUACAACCCCAUACAUGCCUAUUACAACCCCAUACAUCCCUAUCCAACCCCAUACAUCCCUAUACAACCCCAUACAUCCCUAUCCAACC